AUGUUUCCUUGUUAUGAAUAUGACUCAGCAGUCUCAGCUUCCCCAAAAAAUCAAAUACUCGAUUCAGAUUGCCUGUGGGAUUGCUUAUAUUAUAUAGGCUGUGAUUAUUCACUAUUAGGUAACGGAGUUUGCGAUCAAAGCUGCAAUCCUCCUUAUUGUGGGUUCGAUUUAGGAGACUGUGGAUAUUGCUGAAAUGGAUGUAAACUAUAUUUAGGCUAUGAAUAUAUGCUAGGAGGAACCUGUGACGAGGUUUGCAACGUAAUAGAUUACUACAUUGAUAUGGGAGCUUGUAAGGGUUGUUCCACUAACUGCACAUCUGAUAUGUUGGGAAAUGGGAUUUGUGAUCCUGAAUAUAAUGGGCCUUUCUGUAACUAUGAUUUCGGUGACUGUGAGAAUUCCUCAUGCGCUCCAGGUUGCUAUACCUAUAUGAUUGGAGAUUCUACUUGUCAAGAAGAAUGCCACGUUGAGGAAUGCAAUUAUGAUGAGUAUGAUUGCGAUUGCUAUCCUGAGUGUAAAGUAUUUAGCAUUGGGAAUAGCUUUAAAUUUUUUCUAAUGCUACUCAUUAAUGCAUUGAUAAAUUAA